UGAAUUAAUGAAAAUAAUGAAGAACCAAAAUAUUCUGGAUCUGGACUACCAACAUGCCAGAGGAGCAAGAGUUGCUUACUUCAACUUCAAACUUCACUCUUCUUCACUUUCUGUCUUUCUCUCUCAUCAAAAACACCCAAAUUCCAAUUCCAAUUCCAAAAUCACUAUCCAUUUCCACCAUUCAACAUCUUCAAACAUCACUCACUUAAAAAAAACAAAAUUGGUACCUUAAUCUGUGUCUGAUUCAGGUUUGUCUGAUGCUUCUGUUUCUUCUUAUAGAUCCUCUUUGAGACUAUGAUCUGUGGUUAAUUUCAUGUAAUGAAAAUAUGAAACUCAAAUUUCUAAUUGAAAUUUGACAAGAAAAGCAAUUGGGUAUCUUAGUUAAGUCAAUUUCACAAGAAAAGUUUUUGACUUUUUUUGUUUGUUUCAGUUAAAAUCAUGAAGUUACCAUUUUUUCCACUUAUUUUCCUUUGGUUUCUUUGUGACUUGUUGGUAAUUGUUUUAUCUAAUUCAAACUUACCUGAAGAAAUGUAUAGAUUUGAUAGAAAUUCUCAUGUCAGUUAUAAGUAUGAUAGAAUUGAUGAAGUUCAGAAACAAUGUGCAUCUUUUUUAUCAUAUUCAUCUGAAUUAAGGUUUGAAUAUAAUGGUGUUGUUGGUAUGAAAGGUGAACUUUCUUUUGUCAAUGGAGAUUGGGUUCAGGAAAAUGGUAAAUUUCCCAUUAUGCCCUUUGAUGAUGGAAAUGGGAAGUUUCCGAGUACAUUUUCGGAAGGACGGAUUAAUCCAAUGAAAUUGGUUUCUUUUUGGGUUACUGAUGUUGAUCAUGCUCAUCGGUUGAAGAAAUCGAUCCCUGUCAAUGGUUUUAUGGCGAUUGGAAUUACUAGUGAUGGUAAUUUUAUGGACAAUGUAUAUGAUGGGAAUCUUGAUUUUAGGUUAUGGCCCGGUCAUUCGCAGAUUUCGAUUCCUUUUCAAGGGGUUUAUAGUGAAUCGAAGAGAAAUGGUGGUGAAAGGGUGUUGUGUUUGUUAGGGAAUACUAUGCUUCCAACUCGAGAGACCGUUGUUGGUAAUCCGUGGGAUUGGAUGAAGAAUCGUGGUGAGUUACCUAUGUCGGAAGAUGAUCAAAUUCUGUUGGUUCUACGAUAUCCUUUGACAUUCAGUUUAACGAAUAGGAUGAUCGUAGGUGAGUUGAGAAGUUUGAACCGUGAUUCAAAUCCUAAAUACUUUGAUGUUGUUCGCAUUUCAUCGCAGUUGGGUAGCUCGGCUAAAUACACAUUUGGCUCACAAAAUAUUGUAUCCAAAGCAUGUGAUCCAUAUCCAUAUAAAGAUAACAUGACAAGUAAUGUCAUUAGUGUCUACAAAGGGACAAGGUUUUGCGAAAUCCUCGAAGAAAUUACUAGAGAUAAACCUUUAUCUGUUGUGCCGAACUGGAGAUGCAACGGCACCGAUGAUUUCUGCAGUAAGUUAGGUCCAUUUUCGUCGGAUGAUGAGCAAAUCAAAUCGACGCACGGAGGAUUUCAAGAUGUUAAACUUUAUAUGCAGGAUGUUAUCUGUGAGCAGGAAGCUAGUAAAAGUAAGACUGGUUCCAUUAAGGUAUCUGCAGUUUUUCGAGCGGUUUCUCCAUCAGAGAAUCGAUAUAAUGCAGCGAAGAGAUCCGGUGUCAACAACAUGUCGCUUGCAACCGAAGGGAUCUGGAAAAGUUUUAAUGGACAGCUUUGCAUGGUUGGUUGCCUUGGACUUGGGGACGCCAAAGGGAGUAACUGUAAUACUCGGAUUUGUUUGUAUAUACCGACCACUUUCUCGAUAAAGCAACAUAGUAUUAUUUUGGGAACUUUGUCUCCAAUUAAUAACAAUAGUGCUUUUUUUCCUCUAUCAUUUGAGCAACUUGUGCUACCUUCAGAACUAUGGAAUUAUUUCAUGUUCACUCAUCCAAAUUACAGUUACACCAAAAUUGUUCCGGCCGGCACGGUCCUUGAGAAAAACGAGCCGUUCAGUUUCACGACUGUCAUUAAGAAAUCCUUGCUAACAUUCCCCAAACUUGAAGAGGUGACAUUCCAAGAUAGUCUGUCCCUUCUUUCAGAAGAUCUCACUUUUCAUGUCUCGGGUUUUCCGGAUCCUAUGCCUCGUGUGCAGUCCCCGAGAGUCGAUAUUCAGAUGGAGAUACUGUCCAUCGGUCCCAUGUUUGGGCGUUAUUGGUACACACAAAAUGCUUCAACAGAGGAACAAGGAACACUGUAUCGUGCAAAUGCCGCCGAAUACACCGAAAAACAGCUUCUUUUAAAUGUAUCUGCACAGCUGAGUCUUGGAGGAAAAGGUUAUAGUAAUUUUUCCACGCUUUUUCUUGAAGGUCUUUAUGAUCCGCACGUCGGAAAGAUGUAUCUUAUUGGUUGCAGAGACGUGCGAGCAUCGUGGAACGUCUUAUAUCAGAGCUACGAUCUUGAGGAUGGAAUGGACUGUUUAAUCGAGGUGGUCGUGUCUUAUCCUCCAACUACAACUCGGUGGCUAGUCAAUCCAACUGCCGCAAUUUCUAUAGAAAGUCAGAGGACUGACGAUGAUUCUCUUCGGUUCGAUUCAAUAAAGCUCCAAACUUUUCCAAUUAUAUACAGGAAGCAGCGUGAAGACGUCCUCUCACACAGAGGCGUCGAAGGGAUUCUCCGGAUCUUAACGCUUACAUUGGCAGUUUCUUGCAUCUUAAGCCAACUGUUUUACAUAAAGCACAAUGUGGAUUCUCUUCCAUAUGUAUCUCUUGUUGUGCUUGGUGUUCAAGGACUUGGUUAUAGCAUUCCUUUAGUCACAGGUGCAGAAGCUCUUUUCAAGAGAAUGGUUUCGGAAUCUUAUGAUGUGUCAUCAUCCGGUACAUUGGAGAACAGUGAAUGGCUCCAUAUCAUCGAUUACACCGUGAAACUUUUAUUGAUCGUAUCGUUGCUACUAACCCUGCGCCUUUUUCAGAAAGCGUGGAAGUCCCGAGUCAGAUUGCAAACGCGAACCGGUACCUCUUCCGAGCUGGUUCGUGUCCCUAGUGAUAAAAGGGUACUUCUUUGUACCUUCAUUAUACAUCUCAUUGGUUACAUACUUGUUCUAAUAAUUCACAGCACAAAAACCAAACAUCUUAGAGAGAAGACAUAUAUGAUUCGUAAUGAAAAUAUUCGUUCGUUGCCCGAUUGGGCGACAGAAUUGGAAGAAUAUGCAGGUCUUGUCCAAGACUUUUUCUUGUUCCCACAAAUCGUCGGAAACUUAAUCUGGCAAAUAAAUUGCAAACCACUCAGGAAAAUGUAUUUCAUUGGAAUCACUCUAGUCAGACUCCUUCCUCAUGUAUACGAUUACGUUCGAGCUCCGGUUCUGAAUCCUUACUUUUCUGAGGACUCGGAGUUUAUCAAUCCGAGUUUGGAUUUUUACUCAAAAUUUGGGGACAUUGCAAUACCUGUGAUUGCAAUUGUUCUUGCAGUUUUGGUCUAUAUUCAACAAAGAUGUGGCUAUGAUAAGCUGAGUCAGGUUCUGACAUUUGGGCAGUAUAAGCUUCUUCCAAGUUUCAGAUAUGAGAGAUUGUCUUCUAAGUCAUUUGAAACUGAACUAGUUUCAGGUGUCAAUGGUGGUGGUGCAAAUGAGAAAGAACAUGUUGAUGUUGACACUGAUUAGUGUUACUGACAAAAAAUGUAGUAUACUUACAUCAUUACAUGCAUGAAAAGUAAGCAUGAGUUUUUGGGUGGAUGUAUUGUUAUGUAUGAGAGGUUGACUUUUAUAUAAAAUAAGUAAAUUGUGGUUUUAGCAUAUGAUUAGAUCCCUAAAUAUAAACACUAUUGUAUAUUUCAACUCUUACUACUUAAACUCUUAAAUAUAAGAUUCUAUGGACCAAUUCACGAGAA